CCGUCUCCCGGUUGCCUGCGCACCAUGGAGUGCCUGCGCUGCCUGCCCCGGCUGCUACCCCGCGCCGUGCAGUCCCGGCGGGCCCUGUGUGUCGCGCGCCUGAGCCCUGUUGCCUUCUGCGGUCGCGCGACCCCUCUGCUCUCCGGGAACCAGAAGGCGCCGAGUUUGCCCGGCGCUGCAGGUGAUGUGCACCGGUCUAGAACCUCCGAUGCCUCUCAGGCUACCUUAGCCAGCGUGGCCCAAGUGUUUGCUGUGACAAAGUUUGACAAAGAAGGAAAUGUUACUUCUUUUGAGAGGAAGAAAACUGAAUUAUAUCAUGAGUUAGCACUCCAGGCCAGAGACUUGAGGUUUCAGCACGUGAUGAGCAUCACUACCAGGAACAACAGGAUUAUCAUGAGGAUGGAGUAUUUGAAGGCUGUGAUAACUCCAGAGUAUCUUCUGAUACUAGAUUAUCGGAAUCUAAACCUGGAGCAGUGGCUGUUCCGGGAACUGCCAUCACAGCUGGCUGGAGAAGGUCAGCUCGUCACGUACCCACUGCCGUUUGAGUUCAGAGCUAUUGAAGCACUCCUGCAGUAUUGGAUCAACACCCUUCAGGGAAAACUUAGCAUCCUGCAGCCGCUGAUCCUCGAGACCCUGGAUGCAUUAGUGGACCCCAAGCAUUCUUCUGUCGACAGAAGCAAGCUGCAUGUCCUGCUCCAAAAUGGCAAAAGCCUCUCUGAGUUGGAAACAGACAUUAAAAUUUUCAAAGAGUCAAUUUUGGAGCUUUUGGAUGAGGAGGAGAUGCUGGAAGAACUCUGUCUAACCAAGUGGAGUGACCCACAGGUCUUUGAGAAGAGCAGUUCUGGGAUUGACCAUGCAGAGGAGAUGGAGCUGCUGCUAGAAAACUACUACCGGUUAGCUGAGGACCUUUCCAAUGAGGCUCGGGAGCUUCGGGUCCUGAUUGACGACUCACAGAGCAUCAUCUUCAUCAACCUAGACAGCCAUCGAAAUGUGAUGAUGAGGCUGAAUCUCCAGCUAACCAUGGGCACCUUCUCUCUGUCACUCUUCGGACUAAUGGGAGUUGCUUUUGGCAUGAAUUUGGAAUCUUCCCUUGAAGAGGACCAUCGUGUGUUCUGGCUGAUUACAGGAAUUAUGUUUAUGGGAAGUGGCCUCAUCUGGAGGAGGUUGCUUUCAUUCCUUGGAAGACAGCUGGAAGCUCCUUUGCCCCCUAAGAUGGCCUCCUUACCUAAAAAGACCCUUCUGGCAGAUAGAAGGAUGGAAGUGAAAAACAGCCUCAGGCCGGAAGGACUUGGAGCAAGCCGGACUGUCCUGGCAAGCCGCUAACAGCAGCCUGGUAGACAAAGAUUGUUAUACUUCUGAAGCUAUUAUCUCUCUCUGAAGGGGAAAAAGACAACUGCUGUUUAAAUUAUGUCUGACUAAAAUAGUGUGGCAUUCAUAAUACUAAAACAUGGCUGCGUCUUCAGAA